AUUCCUUUACGUCAAAGUCAAAAGUGAACAGAAGAAAUGUAAAAACAACUCGAUGAUAAAACUAGCACUGGAGGUAUUUAAGUAAACAAAUAAUAUUGUACAAAAAUGGCUCUUAAGCUUUCCGAACCUGUGAUCAAGGGUCUUCAGCAGUUGGGCACAGAUAUAAAUAUAGACAUUUCGAAAAAGCUAAUAGCAAACACACUGAAACAUACACUUUCUCCUGAAGCAAGUGUUCCAUCCGUACCGGAUAUCUACGUAACGAAUGCAGAUAAAGCGAAACUUAGUGAAUAUGCUGUAGUAACAUUACUAGCGAUAGCUACCAAACACGGAACUGAUGCUGGGAGUUUGCGAGCAUUUUUGGAAAAAUGUGAAAUCCAAUCAACCAUAUUAGAGGAAUUGGUCCGCAUCUAUGACGAUCAUCGAAAGGAGCUAACCAUUCGUCAAUUGCAAAUAGGAAGUGAUUUUCCACAUAUUACUGAUGUACAAUGGCGUAUUAUGGCGGAUGUUCGCUCAUCUACUUCUGACUGUAGUACAGGCGAAGUGAGUUUUCAUGUAAAUCUUGGCCGUUAUAAUGAAACCAAUGGGGAACGAGAAACUAUUGUUGAAUUCGUAUGUAGCACUGAGGAAAUGCAAUUACUAAUUAAUAAGUUGAAGGAAAUCGAAAGACACUGUGAAAAAGUGGCUACAAAAUAAGCACUUAAAUUUAUAAACCUUGAUACAGGAAAACUGUAGACGGUUAAACAACGAUUAAAACUUUGCAAAGUAAUCACUAUUGGUGAUUUCAUUCCCUUAAACAUGUGUAGAAGAAUUUAAUUAAAACAAAAUUUUAUUUCAUUUAAUGAAA